AUGCAGACAAACAUCAACAACAUCACAACUGCCCAGACCCACAUGUUCUCACCCUGCUCAGACCCACCAGUUCUCACCCUGCCCAGACCAACCUAUUCUCACCCUGCCCAGACCCACCUAUUCUCACCGCUGCCCAGACCCACCAGUUUCCACCUACCAGACCACUAUUCUCACCCGCCCAGACCCCACCAGUUCUCACCUGCCCAGACACCCUAUCUCACCAGACCCGACCUAUUCUCACCCUGCCAGACCCACCAGGUCCCAAUCCUGCCCAGACCCACCUAUUCUCACCCUGCCUCAGACCCACCUAUUCUCACCCUGCCCAGACCACCAGUUCCCAUCCUGCCCAGACCCACCUAUUCUCACCAUAACCAGACCCACCAGUUCUCACCCUGCCCAGACCCACUCAUAUUUCCACCCUGCCAGACCACCUAUCUCACCCUGCCAGACCCACCAGUUCCCAUCCUGCCAAGACCCACCUAUUCUCACCUGCCCAGACCACCUAUUCUCACCCUGCCCCAGACCCACCUAUUCUCUAACCUGCCCAGACCCACCAGUUCUCCGACUGCCCAGACCACCUAUUCUCACCCUGCCAGACCCACCAGUUCUCACCCUGCCAGACCACCUAUUAUCACACCUGCCCAGAACCCAUCUAUUCUCACCCGCCCAGACCCACCAGUUCCCAUCCUGCCCAGACACACUAUCUCCACCUGCCAGACCCACCAGUCUCACCCUGCCCAGACCCACCUAUUUCUCACCCGCCCAGACCACCAGCCAUUCUCACCCUGCCCAGACCCACAUGUUCCACCCUGCCCAGACCCACCAUUCUCACCUGCCAGACCACAUGUUCCCACCCUGCCCAGACCAACCUAUUCUCACCCUGCCCAGACCCACCUAUUCUCCACCCUGCCAGACCCACCCUGCCCAGACCCACAUGUUCCACCCUGCCCACCACUGUCCCACCCUGGCCCAACCCACAUGUCCCACCCUGCCCAGACCACCUAUUCUCACCCGCCCAGACCCACCUAUUCUCACCCUGCCAGACCCACCAGUUCUACCCUGCCCAGACCACCAACCCACCCGUUCUCAGCACUUGCCCAGACCCACUGUUCUUCACCCUGCCACCAAGCCCACCAGUUCUUCACCUGCGAGACCACAUGUUCCCAACCUGGCUCAGACCCACAUGUUCCCACCCUGCCCCAGAACCCACCCGUUCCAUCACCCUGCCAGACCCACCAGGUCUUCACCCCUGCCCAGACCCACCUUUUCACCCUACCCACCAUAGUUUCCCACCCUGCCCAGACCCACUCGUUCUCACCCUGCCCAGACCCCACCAGGUCUCACCCUCUCAGACAACAUGUUCUCACGCCCAAACCCACAUGUUCCACCCUGCCCACCACUCCCCCUGCUCAGACCCACAUGUUCCCACCCUGCCCAGACCCACCAUGUUUCCACUCUGCCCAGACCCACCUGUUCUCACCGCUCCAGACCCACCAGUCUCACCCUGCCCCAGACCCACAUGUUCUCACCCCUGCCCAGACCCACAUACCCACCAGUUUUCACCCUGCCCAGACCAACAUUUCCCACCCUGCUCAGACCAUCAGUUCUCACCCUGCCCAGACGCACCAGUUCUCACCCUGCCCAGACCCACAUUGUUCCUACCCUUGCCCAGACCCACAUGUCCUCACCCUGCUCAGACCCAUCAGUUCUCACCCUCAGCCCCAGACGCCAUCCCAUGUUCUCACCCUGCCUCAGACCCACAUGUUCUCACCCUGCCGAGACCACAUUCCCACCCUGCCAGACCCACCAGUUCUCACCCUGCCCAGCACCGCCCACCAUGUUCUCACCCUGCUCAGACCCCACAUGUUCUCACCCUGCCCAGAGCCACACUUUCUCACCCUGCUCAGGACCACCACGUUCACCACCCUCCAGACCCACAUGUUCCCACCCUGCCAACCCACCUGUGCUCACACCUCCUAG